UCAUUCUGUAAAUUUUAAAUUCAAUUUUUUUUCAAAUUCAAAAUGUCUUUAGUAUGUGCUAUUACUAAUGAAAUACCCGAAAUUCCAGUUUUAUCACCAGUUUCAGGAUGUAUUUUUGAAAGAAGAAUUAUAGAAAAAUAUUUGAGCGAAAAAGAAGUUGACCCAAUCAAUGGCGAAAUUUUAACUUCAGACAUGUUAAUCGAAGUUAAAACUACCAGUAAUUCUUCAUCCCUUAUUGUUAAACCACGUCCACCUUCUGCAACAAGUAUUCCAGCACUUUUGAAAUCUUUACAGGACGAAUGGGAUGCUUUGAUGCUUCAUAGUUUUACUAUUAGGCAACAAUUACAAACAACUAGACAAGAAUUAUCACAUGCCUUAUACCAACAUGAUGCUGCAUGCAGAGUUAUAGCAAGAUUGAAUAAAGAAGUAGCUGCUGCACGUGAAGCUUUAGCUACUCUGAAACCUCAGGUCCAAGCUAUCCCGGCAGCUAUUAGCAUUCAGAAUAUGGAAGAAGAAGUUAGUGAAAAGGGAAAAGAAGACUUAGAAGGAAUGACAGAAAAGGUUAUACAAAAAUUGCAAGACAGAGCUGCUAUUUUAACUUCAGAAAGGAAAAAACGUUUAAAGACUAUGCCAGAAGAUUUAACCAAGCCAGAUACGAUUAAAACCUUCAAACAAACAUCAAGCCAUCUUGGAUUGCAUAGUGCCAGUGACCCAGGCAUAUUAUGCCUAGAUAUUUCUAUUUUAGACCCUUCAAAAGUUGUGACUGGUGGAAAUGAUAAGAAUGCUGUUAUUUUUGAUAGUCAAUCAAAUCAAGUCAUAGCAACUUUUAAAGGUCACACCAAAAAGGUAUCUUCAACUAUAUACCACAAUGAAAGAGAUUGCAUCAUCACUGCUUCCUGGGACAAAACUAUUAGAAUUUGGGAUGUUCCUAAUGAGAAUUGUGUCAAGAUUAUUAAAGCUCAUCUAGCUCCUAUCACUGGCAUCUCGUUACACCCUACUGGGGACUAUAUAUUGAGUAGUUCUUUGGAUGAAACAUGGGCAUUUUCGGAUAUAAAUAGCAGCGGAAAAAUUGUUUGCAAAGUUAAAGACUCAACGCCAUUAACAUGUAUUCAAUUUCACCCUGACGGUCUUAUAUUUGGCGCUGGAGGCCAAGACGCCAUCAUCAAAAUUUGGGAUUUGAAGGAAAAAUCUAACGUGGCAAAUUUCCCUGGACAUAGUGGUCCAAUAUCUGCUCUUUCCUUUUCAGAAAACGGUUAUUAUUUGGCCACCUCUGCCGACGACAGUCUCAUUAAGCUUUGGGAUCUGAGGAAAUUGAAGAACUUCAAGACCAUUAGUUUACUCGAGAAUGAGGAGGAUGUUAAGUAUGACAUAAAGUGCCUCUCAUUCGACAGCUCGGGCAAUUACUUAGCCGUAGCAGGUAAUGACGUCAGAAUCUAUUUGGCUAAGCAAUGGAAUUUACUAGCCAAUUUUUCGAAUCCCGGCACCGAGAAAGCUCACAUUAACACUGGUGUUAAAUUCGGGCCAAACGCUUCUUUCCUUGCUUCUACUGGCAUGGAUAGAGCUUUACGAUUUUACUCAACUUAAUAUACAUUUAUUUGUAAGCAUUAUAAUCUACAUGACAUUAUGUCGUUUUAAUUAGAUGUAUACAAUUUUACAUUGAUCAUAAAACAUGAAUGUUUCAAAUUUUAUGGGUUUUUUAAACAAUAUUUUAUUUUAUUUUUAUUAUUUCAAUUCAUAUCUUCAUAAUAGUGUAUAUUGGAAAAUAAAUUUAUAUUAUAA